AUGGCAACUUUUGAAAAAGUUUUACAGAAAAAUGCGUGUCACAGAGCUGCAGUUCUCUGUUCACAGAAAAGUGGGGAUUUUAAACACCUUUUUAGCUGUGGACUCUUCUCACUCUUAGAAAACAGGAAGGACUCCACUUGGCAAAUCAUACCAUGUUAUGUUUCUACUGAGUCACAUGGCAGGUUCUGGGCCAGGCACUGUGAACACAGCAAUAAAUACCGCUAUGGUCCCUGCCCUCAAGGAACUCACAAUCUAAUGACAUGUAACACACAUACACACAUAACUGACACAUGCAUUUAUGUAGUUCAGCUGUAA